CUAUAUAUCAUUGAUGGAUUCGUUCUAUCUAACUCAGACGCAUAGCAGUGGUGACUGGUGACUGGUGACUGAUAUCAUGGAGUUAACUCAUGUUGCAAUCUUGCCGAGCCCUGGUUUGGGCCACCUCAUUCCUCUAUUCGAGCUGGCUAAGCGUCUUGUUGUUCAUCACAGCAUCCAUGUCAGCUUCCUCGUUAUCAAAACCAACGAAGCAACAGCAGCCCAGGAGCAGCUUCUCCGGCUGCCCACUCUCCCUUCUGGUCUUGACGUUGUUGAUCUCCCGCUUGUUGACGUCUCAGCCAUCACUAGCGACGACAUCACUAUCCUCGCUCGCCUCAGUGUCAUUGUAGAGGAGAGUCUCAAAUCCUUGAAGUCAGUUUUAACUGGGUUAGCGUUCGGCAAACCCAGUGCUCUUGUUAUUGAUUUGUUUUGUACUCAGGCUUUCCAAAUAUGCAAUGACCUCUCAAUUCCAACCUACUCUUUAUUUACUCCAUCAGUUACUUUCCUCGCCUUCUCGUUGUAUCUUCCUACACUUGAUCGUGAGGUAGAAGGUGAAUUUAUUGAUCUUCCUGAAUCGAUUUUGAUCCCCGGUUGCUCGUCUGUACGACCCGAAGAUCUUUUAGACCAGGUACGAAACAGGAAGAUUGAUGAAUACAAAUGGUUUUUCUUUCACAUUAGCCGAUUGCCUCUAGCAGCUGGUAUCUUUCUCAACUCGUGGGAGGAUCUUGAGCCAGUCUCGUUUAAAGCAAUAAGAGAACAUCAGUUCUACUUGCAAAUACCAACACCGCCAAUUUACCCUAUUGGUCCACUGGUCAAGCAAGACGAACCGUUGACUGUUUCAGAUGAAGAAUAUUUGACUUGGCUAGACAAACAACCCUCUGAUUCAGUUCUGUUCGUGGCGCUUGGUAGUGGUGGCACUUUGAGCGCUGAACAGCUCGCUGAGAUGGCAUGGGGUCUAGAACUGAGUAAGCAAAGGUUUAUAUGGGUUGUACGCAAGCCAAGCGAUGCUACUGCAGCUACAUUCUUCAACGUGGGCAGCGAUAUUAACGAUCCAAAAGCGUAUUUACCAGAAGGGUUUUUGGAGAGGACGCAAGGAGUGGGGAUAGUGGUAUCAUCGUGGGCUCAGCAAGUGACAGUGCUACGACAUAAAUCAACAGGUGGGUUUUUAUCUCACUGUGGGUGGAACUCUUCGUUGGACAGCAUAUGUAACGGCGUGCCAAUCAUCGCAUGGCCCAUGUAUGCAGAACAAAAAAUGAAUGCUUCAUUGCUCACGGAGGAGAUAGGGGUGGCCGUAAAACCAGUAAUAGAAACUGGGAAGAAGGUGAUCGGACAGGAAGAAAUAAGCAGGGUUGUGAGGUUGGUAAUGGAGAGUGAAGAAGGAAAGGUAAUGAGACAUAAGGUUAAGCAGCUGAGUCAAAGCGCUUCCAAAGUACUGGAAAUUGGUGGAUCUUCAUUUGACAUGCUUGCUCGCGUGGCCAAGAAAUGGAAGGAUGACAGCAAAUCUAUAUGCUCAUAAGAUUAAUCAUUAAAAUUAUCUUAUCCUUAAGAAGAAAAUGGAUGAAAGUCAAAGAAACAGACUGAGUUUGCAGAAAGGGGCGUAAAUUACUUAAUUGGCGAUGAGGGAAGACUGGGGAAAAAGAAAACGGAUAUCAUUCCAUAAAAGUUUUACAUUAUUAAAAUCUCUUUAUAGCUUCCUUCUUAAGAAAUAAUAGACGUUUGUUACAUGGUUUCUGUCAACUCAGCUGCAUACUCUUUUGGCAAAUCAAAUGGGGCAGGACAAUCUGCACUGUUGUAUUUUUCAUUAUCCUUGAUUUUACUUUUGGAAAUAUUUUGGGUUUGAUUUAUGAGAAUAAAUGGCGACAUCUUUGGAACGUGACCAUA